CCAUCUACACUCCUCAAAAGUCAAAAUCAGCCCGAUCACCUCUCUCUCUCCAUUUGGGUUUCUUAUUACACAAUUCUUAAAUCAAAAAUUACAUUUCCUUUUAGAUUUUAGAUAUGAAAUCCUUGAUUUUAAUUUUGCAUUAUACUUUCUGUUUGCGCAUCAUUCUCCACUGCUUGUUCCCUAAAAUGUGUUCGAAGGAGAUCACUGAGUAGGUGGUGCGGUAAAAAACUGCGUCGUUCCGCAUAAAUAAGCUACCGGUAGUUUUGAAUGGCGGCGGGGACAUGGAUGCCCUGGUGUCGGCAAUCGAAAGAUUUUGGUGCUUCCGAAUACUUACCUUCCAGCGUUCGCCUUCCACACCUACACGACUACAUCAAGGAGCACUUUCUUCUGCGGUAGCAUUCGCGGUAGGGGAAGCUUUCAGCGUUCUCACUCUCGAGCACCACUGGAAUCGCCAUCUACCACUACCCCGCAGUCUAUAUUCAAUGUCGGUGGCGACUUGGAGGCCGAGGUCGAGGUCGAGGGCGGAGGAGGCGGCGAAGGAGGAGACGGAGUUUCAACGGAGGCUAGUGCGGUGGCGUACGGGGAUCUUCUGCGCUUGAUCACUAAGACCGAAUUGAAGGGCUUCGUUACACAUGGUUGCCCGGGGUUUUGCCGGCAGACACAGACAAAGUCAUGAGGAGCACCUUUAAUUCUUGCGGGUUUUGCCUUCUCCCAUGCCUGUUUUUCAACAACUUACGGUCCUCCCCCAAAUGCCAAACGUUCAACCGGAAGGACACAAUUCAAAUAACUGUGGUGUUAACAAUUUUCUAAACAAUGAAAAUUUGUAAUUAUU